AUGCGAGGCCCAACCAUCAUCAAGGCCGAGGAUGAUAAGACAAGAGCCUUGAACAACCACACGCUCAUGGCAUUCUCGGGAGAGGCAGGUGACACCGUGCAAUUCGCCGAAUACAUCCAAGCAAACAUCCAACUGUAUACCAUGCGCAAUGAUAGCGAACUGAGCACACCCGCCGUCGGUAAUUUCAUCCGAGGAGAGCUGGCCCGCAGCUUGCGAUCACGAAGCCCGUACACGGUCAACCUCUUGCUGGGAGGUGUAGAUCCAGCCACCGAACAACCUCAUUUGUAUUGGAUCGACUACUUGGCCUCCCUGGCCCCCGUACCAUAUGCCGCCCACGGUUAUGCCCAAUACUACUGCCUCUCCCUCCUCGACAAACAUCACAACCCCAACAUUAACCUUGAAGAAGGCAUGAAACUUCUUGAGAUGUGCACAGAUGAGCUGAAGCGUCGACUACCGAUCGACUACAAGGGCGUUUUGGUCAAGGUGGUGACAAAGGAUGGUGUGACAGAGGUACCUUUUGAAAACGAUAAGGUUGUGCGAGCUGCCUAA